AUGACAAGUAGACGAACGGGCACCACCAAGCGGUCCACGGCCGGCGCCACUAGACAGCAGGCGACGCCAAUUCGUGAAGGUCUUUACGAGGCCACUUACUCGAACAUCACCGUAUAUGAGAUGACAACGCCGAAUGGGGUGGGAGUGAUGAGACGGAAAACGGACUCGUGGAUCAACGCGACGCAUAUCUUGAAGGCGGCGGGGAUGGAGAAGAGUAGACGGACGAAGGUUUUGGAGAGGGAGGUGCAUCAAGGUGAACAUGAGAAGAUCCAGGGCGGGUAUGGGAAAUACCAGGGAACAUGGAUCCCACUCGCGCAAGCCCAGCACCUCGCCACAGAAUACGGUCUCGGGGAAUUUCUCCGCGAUCUGUUUGAACUCCCCGCCCAAAUCCCAUCCGCCGCGCAAGCUAUUGUCUCGCCCGUAGCUGCGGUGACACCAAAAGCAGGACCAUCGGCAGCAGCUGCAGCGGCAGCCGCAGCGGCCCAAUCCCAGACGCAGCAAGAACAACACCAGCAGCAACUACAACAGCACCAACAACAACGACAGGUGCAAUCCGCGAAGCUGGAAAUGAACGCAAGCCCGCAUCACCACCACCAGCUGUACCAACAACAACAGCAACAACCGCAAUUGCAACAGCUGCUACCAGCCAAACGCGAACUGAAUGCGAGUCCGCCUCGUCACCACCAGCGGCAGCCCGUGGAACAACCCAAACAGCCGGAGAACCAGACGGAGAUUGGCGCGCAGCAGCCGUGA